CUGUCUUUUGAAGUGAUGGAGUUCAUUUGUGUGACUUUGAUGAUUAUUAUUGGAAUAACAGAUUCAACAGCAGAUCAGUUUGCUGUAGUUGGACCUGUAGCUCCUCUCUUCAUUGUAUCUGGUGAAGAUGUGAUUCUGCCCUGUUCUCUCAAACCCAACAUCAGUGCUGUAAACAUGAGAGUCGAGUGGUUUAGACUUGAUCUCAAAGACUCAGUAGUUCAUCUCUAUGAAGAUCAUGAAGACAAAAACACAAAUCAGCUUCAGUCGUACAGAGGAAGAACUGAAGUGUUUAAAGAUGAACUACAGAAAGGAAACACAUCACUCAAACUCUCAAGAGUUAAAUUGCCUGAUGAAGGACUUUAUAAGUGUUUUGUUGAGUAUAAAUCUUGGAAUAAUAACAUCACUGUUGAUCUCAGAGUUGAAGUUUUAGGUAGUCCUACACUCAUCACUGUAGAUGGAUUUGAUGGUUCUGGUGGACUUCAUCUUCAGUGUGAAUCUAAAGGUUGGUACCCUGAACCUGAACUUGUGUGGCUGGACAGUGAAGGAGUCACUUUGACAUCUGAAACUACAAACACAAAGAGAGAGACAGAUGGAUUCAGAGUGAAACACAUGAUCACUGUAUAUAACAGAGACAGUAAAUAUCACUGUAGAGUCAAACUGAGACAUCACAUGAUGGAGACUGAGAUUAUUAUAUCAAGUAAAAUGUUUAACUCUUUGAGGUCAUCAGUGAUCUUGAUUUCUGUUGGAUCUGUGCUCGGUGUGAUCGGUGUGAUCUGUGGAUUACUGAUCGCUGUGUUCGUCUAUAGACCCAGAGGUAACAUUCAUGUUUGCUUUCCCCAGCACUGCUUUCCAUGCAGCAGCAGCCAUCGGCAAUGCAUGGCGACCUCGCAGCUAAAAUCACUGUUAAGGAGAUAUGCAGUGAAUGUGACUCUGGAUCCUGAUUCAGCUCAUCCAGAUCUCAUUGUGUCUGAUGAUGGGAAAAAAGUGAGAUAUAGACAACAAUCAAGAACAGUUAAGGAUGAAGUUCAGAAGUCAUAUAACAAGUUUGAUUAUCGUCUCUGUGCUCUUGGAAAGGAAGGAUUCACCUCAGGGUGUUUUUACUAUGAGGUAGAGGUGAAGGGGUUAAAUAGGUGGUUUGUGGGUGUGGCCAGAGAAUCUGUUGAGAGGAAGGGGGCGAUCCUGCUGAAUCCUGAGAAUGGAUACUGGAUGGCUGGUUUGAGGGGAGGAGGGUAUCAGGCUAGUGAGGGUUCUUCAUCUGUUUCUCUUUCUCUAAGUGUGGCACCUCAGAGAGUCAGGGUGUUUGUGGAUUAUGAGGAGGGUCGAGUCUCUUUUUAUGAUGUUGAGUCUAUGUGUCAUAUCUACUCUUUUACUGAUCAAUCUUUUAAUAAGAAACUAUAUCCUGUCAUUUGGCAUAGUAACUUUGCAUCACUUAUCAUCUGUGAUCUCUAAUGAUAAAAAUCCUCUCAUGUUUAUUUUGUAACUUGAAAUAAUAUUAUACACAGGGAUGUGUGUGUCAUUCAGAAACAUGUGAUGAUGAUGGUAGUUUUUUUUUGGCCCCUAACAGAAAUGAGUUUUGUGCAUACAUGUGAUGCUGUAUAACAAAUCAAACACAUGAAUAACAUUCACACAGUUGUGUCAUUCAUCAGUUUCAUGACCAUAAAACAAAAGAGGUUUUAUCUUUAACAUAUGUGAUCUUGUCUGUGAAAACUCAUUAAAUUGAUGUCUAUAAAACUGCAGUGGAAAGAUUUGUUGGCUGUUGUGAUGAAAAUUACUUUUCAGAUUAAUGUUAAUAAAAAUGAGGAGGUCACAGACCCCAGAUCAGUGGGGAUAAGAGCUCUGUUCACAGUCAUGACAUUAAUCAGGUUGCUUCAAUAUUUGGGGGUCAAAUAUUGACAGCGAGCUUCAGUGGCAUAAACAUGUCUCAAGUGUUUGUAUACAAGAGUUCAUGAGUGUCUACUCUUUUAAUUAUGAUUAUUUAUGGAGAGCAGUAAUGUUAUGAAUAUAUUUUAUAAAGCUACAAUAGAGUUUAUUUUGUGAUAUGAAAUUAUUGUCUGGUUUGGGAGUCAAAUGUUUAAAAUGAAAACUCAAAUAAAUAAUCUGCUGAGCGUGUCAGGGAAAAUCAUUGAAAAACAGAAGCUCGGUUUCUUAUAAGAUAUUUGUGUGCAGUUCAUCAUACAGCAGGUUAAUAAGAUCUGAUUAAACUCUUCACGUGUGUUCAACUCUGAGUGAUGUUCUGAUGAAAGAGAUUUUAGGAUCCUGUUAUGUAAAAAAAUCAAUAUAAAUAUUCAUUCAUUUCACUGUAACA